AACCCCCAAAGCAAAUACACUACGCACCCUUUUCAAAUUUCGAACUUGGCGCUCUCCUUCCAUUUCUCAUCUCUGCAAUGGGUGCCUCUCACAGCCGCGAAGAUCUGUUAGAGUCUUCCGAUUCGGAACAAGAGCAAGAAGAAGCCUACGAAGACGCCACCGAAGGAAGCUCCGAACGCCAUCCCAAAACCCCGUCGUCAUCCCUCGAUGACGUGGAGGCCAAACUCAAAGCCCUGAAACUCAAAUACUCCACUUCCUCCUCCUCCUCAAGCCUCGCCGUCAAACUCUACCUCCACGUCGGCGGCAACACCCCCAAGGCCAAAUGGGUAACCUCCGACAAAUUCACCACUUACUCAUUCAUCAAAACCCACUCCGAAACCGACACCGACGAAGAAAACGACUCCGACUCUGGCCACGACGAGCAACCUUUCUGGGUUCUCAAAGUGGGCUCCAAAGUCCGCUCCUUGGUGGGCCCCGAGAUGGGCCUGAAGAGCUUCCCCGACCAGCGGCGCGUGGACUUCGUGGCGCGUGGCGUCUGGGCGAUGAAGUUCUUCACGGAACAUGACCACGCCGAGUUCAUGAAGUCCUACGAGAAGUGUCUGUUCGAGAACACGCACGGCGUGGAGGCGACGGAGGAGAACAAGCUUAAAAUCUACGGCAAGGAUUUCAUCGUGUGGGCGAAGCCCGAGGCCGCGGAUGAUUCCAUGUGGGAGGAUGCAGAGGAAGCGUUCGCUAAAAGUCCCACACCGGUUAGACAGAGCCAGGACCUGCGUGAAGAGUUCGAAGAAGCUUCCAACGGUGGCAUCCAAAGCCUGGCGUUGGGGGCUUUGGAUAACAGUUUCUUGGUGGGUGAUAAUGGGAUUCAGGUCGUGAAGAAUUUCGCACAUGGGAUACAUGGGAAAGGUGCUUUUGUGAAUUUCAGUGAUGGGUAUCAAAAUGGUGGUGGUGGUGGUAGUGCGUAUUGUACCCCUAAGAAGACGCUUCUUAUGAGGGCUGAGACCAACAUGCUUCUGAUGAGUCCAAUGGGUGGAGGGAAGCUUCACUCGACGGGGCUUCAUCAGCUUGAUAUUGAGACUGGGAAGGUUGUGAGUGAGUGGAAGUUUGGGAAGGAUGGUGCUGAGAUUACGAUGAGGGAUAUUACCAAUGAUAGUAAAGGUGCUCAAUUGGAUCCUUCUGGAUCUACUUUUCUAGGGUUGGAUGAUAACAGGCUUUGUAGGUGGGAUAUGAGGGAUCGUAAUGGGAUGGUUCAGAAUUUGGCUGACUCUGGGUGCCAUGUGAAUACACCUGUGUUGAAUUGGGCCCAGGGGCAUCAGUUUUCAAGGGGGACUAAUUUUCAGUGCUUUGCUACUACUGGGGAUGGUUCCAUUGUUGUGGGGUCCUUGGAUGGGAAGAUAAGGCUGUAUUCGGUGAGCACGAUGAGGCUGGCGAAGACGGCGUUUCCUGGUCUUGGAUCUCCUGUUACUCAUGUGGAUGUUACCUUCGAUGGCAAGUGGAUUGUGGGUACUACUGAUACCUACUUGAUUCUUAUUUGUACCCUCUUUACUGACAAAGAUGGAAGGACCAAGACUGGUUUUUCCGGACGGAUGGGGAAUAAGAUCGCUGCUCCCAGGUUGCUGAAGCUCACCCCUCUUGAUUCGCAUUUGGCUGGAGGGAAUAACAAGUUCCGCAAUGCUCAGUUUUCGUGGGUGACAGAGAAUGGGAAACAGGAGCGACAUAUAGUAGCCACUGUGGGGAAGUUCAGCGUGAUAUGGAACUUCCAACAAGUCAAGGAUGGUUCUCAUGAGUGCUACCGUAACCAACAGGGUCUAAAGAGCUGCUACUGCUACAAGAUAGUCCUCAGAGAUGAUUCAAUUGUUGAGAGCCGUUUUAUGCAUGACAAGUUUGCUGUCACCGACUCCCCUGAGGCUCCAUUGGUAAUAGCCACCCCAAUGAAAGUUAGCUCAUUCAGCAUAUCCAGCAAACGAUGAUAUUCUGGACACAGCCAGUGUCCUUAAUCGUCCGCUCCGUUUGCUCAAUUAAUUUUUAGAUGUUUAAUUUGUAGGAUGUUUUUAAGCUGUAACUGAUAUUAAUAUCAUUUCAGAUAUUAAUUAAGCUUUUUAAAACACAGGGAAAUCUGUGGUUGUCUAAUUGUACCAGCUUGUUUAGUUUUCUCUCAAGAUAAUAUUGGUCCAAGAAUUGUAUAAUUUUCAUUUGAAUUUCUUUUUUCCUUUUCUCACUUACCAAUCCCUAAUUUAGUUGAGUGCUUCAACUUAUGCCCUGUGAUGGGAGAGGUCAUCUCAGCUUACGCUUUUGAUUUGCGUGUUUUGGCAUUUAAGAUAUACAUACUAUAUGAAUUGAAAAGGGUCUGGAACCCUAGAAAGUACUAAUUCGGUCAA